AUGGUCGAGGACAUCACAGAUGACCUCGAGAAGCCGCAGACCAAAAAAGACUACUCUGGUGUGGCAGCUAAAACCGAUCCGGCCGAGAUCAAGCUUGUCAAAAAACUAGAUCGCUGGAUAAUGCCCAUGUUGUGGUCGAUGUAUUGGCUCAACUACCUCGAUCGCAAUGCCAUCGCUCUGGCUCGUAUCAACACUCUCGAAGAGGAUCUCAAUUUGACCCCGACCCAAUAUCUCACCUGUGUCAGCAUCCUCUUUGUUGGAUACUUGUUAGGUCAGAUUCCUUCUAACAUGCUUCUCACACGUCUCAAACCAUCUUACUACAUGGGGUGCUGUAUGGCUUUGUGGGCUAUCGUCUCGGGUUUGACAGCUGUCUGCCACGACUUCGUCGGCCUGCUUCUAGUUCGAUUCUUCCUUGGUGUCACGGAAGCCCCCUACUACCCUGGAGCUGUAUACAUCCUCACUAUCUUCUACACUCGCAAGGAAAUCGCCACACGCAUUGCCAUUCUCUAUACUGGUAAUAUCCUGGCCACAGCCUUCGCAGGUCUCAUCGCCGCAGGUGUCUUCCAUGGUAUGGAUGGCUCUGCUGGACUGGCCGGAUGGCAAUGGUUGUUCAUCCUGCAAGGUGCAGUCACCUUCGUCAUCGCUAUCAUCGGAGCCUUCUGCCUUCCAGAUUUCCCUCUGACCACCAGAUGGCUCACUCCGGAGGAAAGACAGCUCGCCCACAACCGUAUUGAGAUUGACACUGUUGAGAGAUCAGGAGAUACCAGUGUCUGGAACGGUCUGAAGCAGGCUGCCGUUGACCCUGUUGUCUGGCUUUUUGCUCUCAUGGCUCACCUCCACUUAGCUGCCAAUGGCUUCAAGAACUUCUUCCCGACUGUCGUUCAGACUCUAGGCUUCGGGGAGACCAUCACUCUCGUGUUGACCUGUCCACCUUAUCUGAUCGCCGGUGCGUCCACGUUACUCGUCUCCUGGUCCUCUGGAAAGAUGAAUGAGCGAACUUGGCAUAUUACUGCUUCCAAGUCAGUGGCUAUUAUUGGAUUUAUCGUGGGUGCUGUUACAUUCAACACAGGAGUUCGCUACUUCUCUAUGAUUGUCUUCACGAUCGGCACCUAUGCUGUCAACUCCCUGAUCCUCGGCUGGGUCGGAAGCACCUGCGGACAAAGCAAAGAAAAGAAGGCAGCAGCCAUCUCUAUCGUCACUACUGUAAUGAAUUGUUCAUUCGUAUGGUCGCCUUACCUUUGGGACAAGAACGAUGCCCCCCAGUAUCAACCCGCCAUGUUUUCAAGUGCUGCUUUCUCUGCUGGCACAGCUGCUGUUGCUUGGAUCGUCAAGAUCAUUAUGAAACGUCGUAAUGCAAAACUCAGACAGUCCGAGGAUGAGGUUCAGACUUUCUAUGUUUACUAG